AUGACCCCAGCGAUUGUCACGGCUCUGAACGCAGCCGUACUGAUAUCGUCGAGCGUGUUCAUCUUGCUCUUUUGGACAGCGCGCAGGUUGCAACAUCGUCGGCUUCCGCUGCCACCCGCGCCUCGGCCGAGCAAACUCCCGUUCGUGGGCAAUGCUUUGCAGAUGCCGACCAAACAAGAAUGGUUGAAGAUCACCGAAUGGGCGAGAGAACUCGGGCCCGUGUUCUCGUUGUCGGUUCUCGGCAAGGCCAUCGUCUUCAUAAAUACUGUUGACGCAGCACGCGAUCUGCUCGCGGACCGGUGGAAGAACUACUCGGAGCGACCACGGGUAGUCAUGGUUCACGACCUUAUGGGUCUAGACUUCUCGUUUGCGCUCAAGAAUCUUUCGGACCCUACUUACGCGACCUUCCGAAGAAUCUUCGUUCGCGAGUUCAGUCAUCAUGCUAUGAGCAUAUACGAAGACGUCCUUGCACACAACGUGCACGGUUGUCUUCUGCACUUACUGAGGGAUCCCGUCAACUUCGAGACUCAUCUACACAACCAAGUCCUAGUCUCGGUCAUGGCGAUCGCCUACGGCCACCACGACACCAAAACCGAUGACAAGCAUGUGCAAGUGGCUGAGAAGGCCAUGCAUGCUCUGGCCGAUGUCAUGCGUCCUGGGAACCUGUACCUCGUCGAGCUCUUCCCUGUUCUCAAGCACAUCCCUGCCUGGUUCCCAGGAGCGACCUUUCGGCGGGUGGCCCUCAGAGGACGUAAACUGAUUGAGGAGAUGAGGUUCGGGACAUGGGAGUGGUCGUUGCAGCAGUACAACGAAGGCAAAGCGCAACCUAGCUUCUUCACAAGACUCAUGGACGCAUACCACAGCCAGGAGAUCACCUUGGACACCGUGCGUGACAGCUGUUCGGUUCUUCACUCGGUCGCUACGGACACGACCAUGUCUGUGUUGUUGACGUUCUUACUGGCUAUGCUACACGCACCGGAGGUCCAGGAGCGUGCUCAGAAGGAACUUGAUGGUGUAAUUGGAGGCUCUCGUCUUCCAACGCUCUCCGAUAGAGCAUCCCUUCCUUACAUCGGAGCGGUCGUCAAGGAGCUUCUGAGGUGGGAGUCGGGAGUGCCUCUCGGUCUACCGCAUGUCACGAAAGAAGACGACGUGUACAACGGUAUGUUCAUCCCAUCGGGAACAACGGUCGUGCCAAACCAGUACGGGAUGACCCAUGACGAGAGUAUCUAUCCCGAUCCCAUGCUCUUCCGGCCAGAACGUUUCCUAGGCGAGGACAAGCAGCGCGAUCCAGAGACCAUCGCCUUCGGCUUUGGUGCACGCAUCUGCCCCGGUCGACAUCUGGCUCAACUCAUACUCUGGCUGAACGUUGCGUCGAUUCUGUUCUGCUUCGACAUCAAACGGCCAAGAGAUGGCGAUGGCAAUGAAUUCGUCCCGCCUCGUGACUACACUAGCGGCCUUACGAGCCGCCCGGAGAUAGUCCAAUGUCGCAUAGAGCCCCGUCCUGGUAUGUCCGCGAUCUUCCAUGAUACAUCGGAAGCUCGACAAUAA